CAACUGCUUUUAUUUUCAGCAAACUUAACGUGUAAAUAUUUGUAUGAACAUAAAAAGAUUCAACAACUAAGACAUAAACUGAACAAGUUUCACAGACAUGUGACUAACAGAAAUAAAAUAAUGCAUCCCUGAACAAAGGGGGGGGGGUCAAAAUCAAAAGUAACAGUCAGUAUUUGGUGUGGCCACCAGCUGCAUUAAGUACUGCAGUGCAUCUCCUCCUCAUGGACUGCCCCAGAUUUGCCAGUUCUUGCUGUGAGAUGUUACCCUACUCUUCCACCAAGGCACUUGCAAGUUCCUGGACAUUUCUGGGGGGAAUGGCCCUAGCCCUCACCCUCCGAUCCAACAAGUCCCAGAUGUGUCCAAUGGGAUUGAGUUCUGGGCUCUUCGCUGGCUAUGGCAUAACACUGACAUUCCUGUCUUGAACGAAAUCAUGCACAGAACGAGCAGUAUGGCUGGUGGCAUUGUCAUGCUGGAGGGUCAUGUCAGGAUGAGCCUGCAGGAAGGGUACCACAUGAGGGAGGAGGAUGUCUUCCCUGUAAUGCACAGCAUUGAGAUUGCCUGCAAUGACAACAAGCUCAGUCUGAUGAUGCUGUGGCACACCGCCCCAGACCAUGACGGACCCUCCACCUCCAAAUCGAUCCCACACCAGAGUACAGGCCUCAGUGUAACGCUCAUUCCUUUGACGAUAAACACGAGUCUGACCAUCACCCCUGGUGAGACAAAACCGCAACUCGUCAGUGAAGAGCACUUUUUGCCAGUCCUGUCUGGUCCAGUGAAGGUGGGUUUGUGCCCAUAGGCGACAUUGUUGCCGGUGAUGUCUGGUAAGAACCUGCCUUACAACAGGCCUGCAAGCCCUCAGUCCAGCCUCUCUCAGCCUAUUGCGGACAGUCUGAGCACUGAUGGAGGGAUUGAGCGUUCCUGGUGUAACUUGGGCAGUUGUUGUUGCCAUCCUGUACCUGUCCCGCAGGUGUGAUAUUCGGAUGUACUGAUCCUGUGCAGGUGUUGUUACACGUGAUCUGCCACUGCGGGGGCGAUCAGCUGUCCUUCCUGUCUCCCUGUAGUGCUGUCUUCGGGGUCUCACAGUACGGGCAUUGCAAUUUAUUGCCUAAGGCAUGUUCACGCAGAUGAGCAGGGACCCUGGGCAUCUUUCUUUUGAUGUUUUUCAGAAUCAGUAGAAAGGUCUCUUUAGUGUCCUAAGUUUUUAUAACUGUGACCUUAAUUACCUACCGUAUGUAAGCUGUUAGUGUCAUAAAGACUGUUCCACAUGUUCAUUAAUUGUUUAUGGUUCAUUGAACAAGCAUGGAAAACAUUGUUUAAACCCUUUACAAUAAAGAUCUGUAAAGUUAUUUGGAUUUUUAUAAAAUGAUCUUUAAAAUACAGUGUCCUGAAAAAGGAAUGUUUCUUUUUUGCUGAGUUUAUAUAUAGAGUACUGUGCAAAAGAUUUAGGCACUUGUGAAAAAUGUUGCAUAGUGAGGAUGUCUUCAAAAAUAAUGACAUAAAUAGUUUUCAUUUAUCACUUAAUGUCAUACAAAGUCCAGUAAACAUAAAAAAGCUAAAUCAAUAUUCAGUGUGAUCACCUUUGCCUUUAAAACAGCACCAAUUCUCCUAGGUACAUCUGGACACAGUUUUUCUUGGUUAUUGGCAGAUAGGAUGUUCCAAGCUUCUUGGAGAAUUUGCCACAGUUCUUCUAUCCAUUUAGGCUGUCUCAAUUGUUUCUGUCUAUUUAUGUAAUCUCAGACUGACACGAUGUUCAGUGGGGGGCUUUGUGGGGGCCAUGACAUCUGUUGCAGGGCUCCCUGUUCUUCUAUUCUAAUCUUUUCUAUCUGCAGAAGUAAUGUUUGGGAGUCUAACAUUUAUAUUUCCUACUGACACGCUAAAGCUGAAGAUAUAAAAAACCAUCUUAAGACAAAUGCUUUUGUGAAACACCUUAUGUGCCUAAGACUUUUGCACAGUACUGUAUAUAAUGUGCAAAGAAAAAUAAAAUACAGCCAACUAGCCCUAAUGUUAUUCUGUAAUUAGUACAAAGCAAGAUCUUGUUCCUAAUUUAUCCUUAUCUUAAGAUGUCACAAGCUCAACAUCAUUCUCUUGUGAUCUACACAUAAAGACAAGCAUAUAAGUUAAUAAAGGUACAUUCAAACAGAUAAACAGAUUUCACACAUUACAGGACCAGUAAAUGAAAGUUAUCGCAACAUAAGGAAGCAUGAAACAUUUUCUCUUUCUUCUAUAAGUUAUUAUAACAAACUGAGGCAUGCGUUUGGAGAAGAUACAGUUAUUUGGGUGGUAGAAAAUGAGAGAGAGAGGUAAGAGAAUGACACCGGGUCCCUUUUUAUUUUCUGAUGAUCCUGUGGCAUGGCAUGAGAAAUGUUUUAAUAGUGCUUUACUCCAAAAUCCAAAUGUCCAAAUGAAAGCCCAUAUUUGAUUAUGUUUUAUAGCAGCCUGAAAUAAAAUUACAAUGUUUAUGCUUUUUUACUCCUCAGCUCCAAAUCUAUUUGGGACCUUAACCAUGGUUCUGAGCUGAUGUACUGUAAUUAUCUGGGUUAUUCUUUGGAGAAUUGCUACAGUAAUUUGACACUUGUUGAGAGGGCCAUAACUAAUGGGGUGAAAGGUGGUAACGAUUCUAGGGGCCCAAAGGUCUAUGGGGCCUACAACAAAUUUGAAACUGUAUUAAUUUAAGAUGAACGGGGCCCAGAGUAAUAUAUAAUUAGGGGCCCAGAAUUCUUUGCUAUGGCCCUGACUGUUGACAACAUCUCAGCCAAGAAACUACAUCUAAUUUCAGAACAUCCAAAGAAAUGCCAUGAAUUGGAGACUGUCUGUGAAAGCUGAAAAGGAUUGGCCUGACCUGAUUGUAGUUUCAGAUUGUAGCUGUGGCAAUAUAUUUAAAAAGGAACAUAUCACUGUUUUAUUUCUAUUGCUUUUUACCAGCCACAUGAAAUUGUGUGUGACUUAAAAGUAAAUUUUUAUACAGAAAUGUGAAUGUUGCAUAGCCAAAGUCCAUCAAUUUAUUUAUUUUUCUUUGUAGUUUGUACCUAUGUAUACUGAAGGAAAUGCAUGUUUUGCAUUGUUGACAGCUUUGUUUGUGUUGUUGUUGUUUGUUGAUAAAAAUAAAUCUUUUUUAUUUUUAUUUUUUUGUUAUUAUGAAGUUACAGUUGAAGUUUAAUUUCCUUUCUGCUUUGCAACACCAUGAUUGAAUUAAUGCAGAAAAUACAUAAAAAAUAUAAAAAAGACGAAUAUAAAAGCACAUUUACAAACACAUUAAACAUACUCAAUUAUAUUAUAAUAUUUCAGGUUUUUUAAGAGAUGCCUCUGCUAAAAGAGAAAUGCAACGUAUUUACAUAUUUGUUAUCAAGCAGAUCUCAAGACCUGAAGGCCUAAAUCUCAUAAUAAAAAGGAAAGCCUUAAUCAUAUUGAUAUGUUUGGUCAAAUAAACAUUUAUUGGCUCUACCUCUCAAUAAUGUGGUUAAGUGUUCUAGUUGCUUUAAGAGAAAUACUGUACAUUAUUUAAAUAUAUAUUUACCUUGUUAUUGAAAUAUUUUACGCACUACAGAGAGAAAACCCAAACACGAUCAUACUUUUUUCUUUUUUACGAUCAUACUAAAGUGUUCAAAUUCAAUGAGCUCUAAAAUAAAAUAAAAAAAUCCACAUAACGUGCAUGUUACGACUACCAUCUCUAGGGGGCGCUGUGGGUUUCUUUAGACGCCUCACGCGGCUUCGUUCUGGUUGGUCAAUGACUUGAGCGUCUCGUCCAAUGACUUGAAUGUCUCCCGUUUUCAAAUCGACACGGAUGCAAACACUCACCCUGCUGAGAGAUCUGUAAGCCACCUGCUAUUGAAAUGGAGAGCUUUUUGAGGAGGAAGCUUGCCCAGGCCAGUGGCAACAUAUUGGGUGGAGCGGCUUUUCAGAAACCUGUUUCCUCUUACUCGCCUAUCAAAUUGCCAGAUCUGUGCUCUAGUUUCUAUUCAAUUGCUGAUGAACCUUUUCCCCAAGGUUCUGGAUUUCUUGAUGACACUGUUGGCCCAUCCUUCCUUUCAAAUGAAGGAAUUCCUGCACUGAAUUCCCCUACAUGCACACCAUCAGAAUGUAUAACGAAUAAUAAGGACGAAAACAUUUUAGCACAACUACAAGAGAUGACCAAGGGCUCUGAUCACAAUUCCUCUAUGCUUGAAGCACACUGUCAGUCAGCAGAUGGAAGCACGUUUACUAAACCACUACAGAAUGAUAAAGACAUUAGCAGUGCAACAGCAGGCAAAGCAGAUGAGGACUGCAAAGAUUUUAACCCGUGUGCCACAGUAUCCAAUACAUCUUUAGAGAAAUGUAAUUUAAUGAGUGCAGAGAUGAAGGACAGCACUUUUAAUGUCACUCAAGACUUGAAAGAACGGUCUGACUCUGGUGUUAAUGCAACUGUUGAUCUACCAAACAUCAGGGAGAGGAACAGCACAUUUGAGUCUGUCCCAUCUCAAGAGCCUAAAGAGAGUUCUGACCCCAAACUUAAUUCAACUUUGGAUAUCGAUGUCCCCAUGAUAAAGACUGAGUCAGGAAAUAUCACAGUUGACUUGGCCCAAACACAUAACCCUAAAGAGGGGUCUGACCCUCCGGGUAAUGCAACUGUGGAUAUUCCUAAUCUGGACUAUACACAUGCUAAAAUGGAUUCCCAGAUUGAUAACAACAGCCCCUUGAACACUUCUACUGAACAGCCAAAUGAGAAACAUGAAGGAACAAUUAAUAUUCAGCAACAUGAGCUGGACGAGGAGAAACCGGAGGGAAGCCUCAACUCUAGUGAGGAUGAUAAAACAAACUGUCCCCUAAAAAAGAAUGCAGAGGAACCUAAUUUGAAAGUGAAUGUAACAGUUGAUAUUAUGGAGCAAACUGCCAGUGCUCCUCUUUAUGUCUCUGGUGAGAUUGUUCAAUCGAACUCUGCUACUUUAAAGCCAGGUGAAAAUACUUUUACUAAACAUAAUUCAACCACUGAUCUUACUCCCCCUGAAAAUCCUGUUUCUAAGAGUACCACUGUAGAAAUAACGCCUUCAAGCUCUGAAUUUACAGGCCAGGCUAAUGAUGGUUCUAGCUCAGAUGUGGGUACCACUAAAUCAGACUCUAACCACAGAGAGACAGAAGUUGAGACAAGCACCACAGCUUUUGUUUGCUCUAUAGAAGCUCCCGAUGACUGUCCUGAGCUUAAAGCAGAGGAAUACCUCCAAAAAUCAGGGAGACCUGGAUGUGCAGACAGAGAGCGCGUUCCCACCUUUGAUUUGGGAAACAUCAGCAGGAACAGUAUUUUUUCUCUGGAUGAUACCGUGGACAUGAGGACUAGCUUAAUGGUCACAUCCACACCAAUUGUCUUUGGUAAAGAAUCCAGGUUUGAACUACUGAGAGACAUUAGGCCCACACCUAUGAGGAAGAGACUGUCUGUGAUCAACAGCAUUGAGGUACAAUCAAAUGAUAACCUUGUUGGUGUGAGCAGUCAUGAUGGGACAGAUGCUGUGCAGGUAGCUGAGAACUCAAGCCAGAGUCAAAAGGUCUCAGCAAACUGUGCUUCAAAUAUCAGUAAAACAGAGCCAGCAAAUGAGAACAAACCUCCCACAAAACCUACAGUCAAAAGACAGCUUCCUCAACGUUCCUCUAAGCUCAGUUAUCCAAAAUCUAGUCUUCCAUCAAGGCCACCGUCCUCUAUGCACUCAUCUGUAGCGGUCAAACCAGAGACUAUCCAAGUGCCACAUGUCCCACAUCAGUCCAACGCAGUCCAAUCCAGUACUCUGCUCGGCAAGAAAAUGGUACAGCUGAACAAGGGAAAGAACAUUGGAGCUGUCAAGAACACAGCAUCGGCAAGUACUGUUAAGAUUUUUACUAUUUCUUGUAAACAGACAUCUAUGAUUUCUUCUGUGUCUGGAUAUAAUUUCACUACUGUUUCAAAACCUCCAAGCUCUGGUUUACCACAAAUGAAACCAUCAGGAUUACAGCCCCCAACCCGGAAAAGAUUGUCACUCAAGACAACCCAGACCACACAGUCUUCUUUAGAAAUGGUUCAGGCUCAGUCCAGUAAUAAGCCAACAGGAUUACAAGGUGUGAGGACGAGGAAUUCACUCCUUCCCAGUCUGGGCCAAAAGCACUUGAACAAUGAUGGUUUGCCUUCGGCAAAGAGAAAAAAAAUUGCACCCACUGCUGUACCUACAGUAGAAAGUGAUGCUGUGCUACCAGCUGAAAAAGUGCAUGAAUCAGACUGUGUUAAUUGUUUGCAACAUCAAGAAAAAUUUGAGAGGUGCCUGCAAGAACUAGUGAGAUUGCGCUCAGAGUGUAAAAACUGGGGACCAUUGCAGGAAAAACUUAAGACGUGUUUAGAGGAGAAUUUAAGCAGGUGUUAAAUUUAUUCACACAAAAUUUUCAUUUUAAUUAAUUUUUAGCAUUUACAUUGUUGGUUAAAUCUUUAUUAUGUUAAUUUAAUUGUUAAAAGUAUCAAUUCAUUGUAUGUUUAAUAUAUGAAGAAUUGUUUACUCCACCUCUUGAACAUCAGCAAAUGCUAGAGAUCAAAAUGUUUGUUUGGUAACGAAGAUCAUAAAUACUCUGCAACUUUAAUUUCUCUCUCUCUCUCUCUGUCUCACCUAAAGGAAUAGUUCACCCAAAAUGAAAAUUCUCUCAUCAUUUACUCACCCUCAUGCCAUCCCAGAUGUGUAUGACUUUCUUCAGCAGAACACAGAUGAAGAUUUAUAGAAGAAUAUCUCAGCUCUGUAGGUCAAUACAAUACAAUACAAGUAAAUGGUGACCAAAACUUUGAAGCUUCAAAAAGGCAGCUUAGAAGUAAUCCAUACGACUCCAGUGGUUUAAUCCAUUUCUGAAGCGAUCCAAUUUUUUUUGGGUGAGAACAGACCAAAAUAUAAUUCCUUUUUCACUGUACAUCUUGAUAGCAGUCUCCUUGGCGAUCAUGAUUAGAAGCUUCCUAGUGCCAUUGAGUGCUCUGCGAAUGAGUCAAGCACCAGGAAGUGUAAUCGAGAUUGAAAUCAUGAUCAUGCUUAGAGACCGCAAUGAAAAAAUGUACAGUGAAUUUAUUUUAUUUUUUUUUACAUUUGCUUUGUUCUCAUCUCAUCAUGGAUUACUUUUAUGCUGCCUUUAUGUGCUUCUUGCAGCUACAUAAUUUUGGUCACCAUUCACUUGCAUUGUAGAGCUGAGAUAUUCUUCUAAAAAUCUUUGUGUUCUGCAGAAGAAAGAAAGUCAUACACAUCUGAGAUGGCAUGAGGGUGAGUAAAUGAAGAGAGAAUUUUCAUUUUGGGGUUAAUUAUCCCUUUAAAGAGUAAAAGAAAAACAAUUACAAGGAAAUAUUCAAUUUAACAGUUGUGGAAAUUAUAUGCAGUUAUAUGCAUUUAUAUAUACUUAAACAUGUGAUACUGUUAGUUAAUAAAAUUUAACCCAAUGAUUAAAGAUAUUGAUGUUCUGUUUAUUUGAUUUGUUACAUUACUGAUUCAGUAUGGUUUAUUGUUUGUCUCUGAAAGAUAAAAUGAUCAAAUAAAUGAUGUUUUCA